AGCAGGAUGACGAAGGGAACGUCAUCGUUUGGGAAGCGUCGUAAUAAGACGCGCACGUUGUGCCGCCGCUGUGGCUCUAAGGCCGACCACCUUCAGAAGUCGACCUGCGGCAAAUGUGGCUACCCCGCCAAGCGCAAGAGAAAGUAUAACUGGAGUGCCAAGGCUAAAAGACGAAAUACCACCGGCACUGGUCGAAUGAGGCACCUAAAAAUUGUAUAUCGCAGAUUCAGGCAUGGAUUCCGUGAGGGAACAAACACCUAA